AGGGGCGGCGGGAGGAGCGGCAGCGGCCAGGCAGCCCAGCUUCGCGAAGGCUCUCAGGCGCGCCGCAGCCCGCAGGCACCCGGCAUGUACCCGGCACGCGCCCGCCCCGCCGUCACGAUGCCCAAGAGGAAGGUCAGCUCUGCCGAGGGGGCGGCGAAGGAGGAGCCCAAGAGGAGAUUGGCGAGGUUGUCAGCUAAACCGACUCCUGCAAAAGUGGAAAUGAAGCCAAAAAAGGCGGCAGGAAAGGAUAAAUCUUCAGACAAAAAAGUGCAAACAAAAGGGAAAAGGGGAGCAAAGGGAAAACAGGCUGAAGUGGCUGACCAAGAGACUAAAGAAGACUUACGUGCAGAAAAUGAAGAAACUAAAAACGAGGAGAGCCCAGCUUCUGAUGAAGCAGGAGAGAAAGAGGCCGUCUGAUUAAGAUCAGACACCUGGUCCUGUCAGUGGUCCCUGUCUCCCUUCUUGUACA